CUGACAAGCCAUAGGAUUAAAUGGGUCCCGUAACUGGAAUGACUCCAGAUAAGAGAGCAGAAACUCCUGGAGCAGAAAAGGUUGCAGGACUAAGCCAGAUUUACAGAAUGGGAAGUUUGCCUGAAGCAGUUGAUGCUGCCAGGCCAAAAGCUACUUUAGUGGACAGCGAAUCAGCAGAUGAGCUUACAAACUUGAACUGGCUUCAUGAAAGUACUAAUCUUCUAACAAACUUCAGCCUUGGAAGUGAAGGUCUUCCUAUUGUUAGUCCAAUAUAUGACAUUGAGGGUGAUAAUGUGCCAUCUUUUGUACCAUCUUACCAGAACACAGAAAAAAAAUCAGGGAAUUCAAAACCCCCUUACUCAUUUAGUCUUCUCAUUUAUAUGGCUAUUGAACAUUCUCCAAAUAAAUGCCUGCCAGUCAAAGAAAUCUACAGUUGGAUUCUGGAACGCUUUCCAUAUUUUGCUACAGCACCAACAGGUUGGAAGAAUUCUGUCAGACACAACCUUUCAUUGAAUAAAUGUUUUCAGAAAGUGGAAAGAAGCCAUGGCAAGGUGAAUGGAAAAGGUUCCUUAUGGUGUGUUGAUCCAGAAUAUAAACCCAAUCUUAUACAAGCACUGAAGAAGCAGCCUUUUUCCUCAGCACUUGCAUUUUACACCCCUCCUGCAUCACCACAAAAUGGAUCAUCACCACCUCAUUAUAUAACCUCCAUACUAAAGCAGAGCCAAGUUCGAACUCUGAAAGAAUCUGAUAUUGAUGCAGCCACUGCAAUGAUGCUUUUAAAUACAUCAAUUGAACAAGGAAUUUUAGAAUGUGAGAAGCCCCUGCCACUCAAAACAGCUUUGCAAAAGAAAAGGAGUUUUGUUAGUGCAUUUAACCAUCCCAGUACCAUAAAUUUACAAGAGAAUGAUUCUGCAGUCAACAAUAUUGAUCCAAAGGAGGAUCACAAUUACAGCGCAAGCAGCAUAGCAACACAGCGCUGUGCAUCCCGCUCCAGUGUGUCUUCCUUAUCUUCUGUUGAUGAGGUGUAUGAGUUUAUCCCAAAGAAUAACCUUGCAGGAAGUGAUGGCAGUGAAGGAUUUCACAGUGAAGAAGAUACAGACAUUGAGUAUGAAGAGGACCCUCUUGGAGACAGUGGCUAUGUAUCACAACCAUGUGCAAAUACCUCUGACAAAGUCCGGCCCAUCAAGAAGCCUAAGAGAGAGUCAUGUCAGGAAAUCGAUGAGGAGCUUAAAGAGGCCGCUGGAUCUCUGCUGCACCUUGCUGGAAUCCGCACAUGUCUGGGUUCCCUAAUAAGUACUGCAAAGAUCCAAAAGCAAAGGAAAAAAUAG